CCUCUUAUCGAAUUUCCGUUCCAAUGUAAAUUUGCAAUUUCGUUUUAAUAAAACUUCUGUUUAUUCAUUUCAUAUAUUUUGUAAAAAAUAGAUAGUGAAUCAUAGCUUCAUUCUGCAUGACAGACCGGCUGGGCUUCACAAGGUGAUAGUCAUGAUGUUGUUUAAACGUAAAGUUCCCGUCCUUUGUUUGCUGCUUGCCGCAGUGUGUCUCCAACUAGCACAGUCACGACCAUGGGCAAAUGACGACUCUGACGACAACCGUUUCGAAGCAGAUGAAGAUGAGUUUGAAGAAGAGAUUCCUGAUGAAAGUGAAUUAGCCAGAUUUGAAAAUCCUGGUUUUAGAGAAGAAGAAGGCGAAGAAGAUGAGGAAGAUAAUGAGGAAGAUGAAGAUAGAGAUAUGGUCAAACGGGAACUAGAAGAUGAACGCCUGGAGCUCCCGGAAAUUACCAACGAAUUUGCUGAAAAGGAGGAGGAACGUGAAGCUGAUGAAGAAGCUGCAGAAGAAGAAGUUAAAGAAGAAAUAGAAGAAGCUAAAGAAGAAAAGGAAGACGAGGAGAAAGUAGAAGCUGAUGAAGAAGAGGAAGAUGAAGAUGAAAAAGAUGAAAGCGAGUUUAAUGAGGAGGAAGGUGAAAAAGGCGACAGAGAAGAAGGUCCAUUACAUGAUGAAAUUGAAGAAGAACCUGUUGAGGAACACAAGCCAGAAGAAGAUGACAAAGAAGAAGCUGCCAAAGAAGAAGAAAUUAAGCUUGAAGCAGAAAUUCAUGAAGAAGAAAACGAUGUAAGAGGAGAAUUGCCUCCUUGGGGAGAAAACGAUUCUGAUGUAAAACCAACACUUGAAGAUGUUCCACAUGUAGACGAUGAUGAGGAUAAUACCAACUAUAACAUUGGUAGUGGUGAUGAAAGUGAUGACAGUGGUUUAAGUCCAACACGAAGAUUUUACCACAAGAUAAAAAAGUACAUAAAAAACUUUUUUUCCGGUUCACGUUGAAAACCAAAGUCACCUUUGUCAGAACUAUAUUUUGACAUUAAACAACUAAAACUUAUCAACUAAA